AUGGACAUGAUUUCAGAUGCGACAGUGCCGCCGCCAUGGAGCGUGCUCGAAUUCACCUUUAGUACCAAGGAUACCGACACCGAGUUUAUAAUAAUGUGCAACUACCGCCAGUUCAUGGUUCACGCCUCUGCAGACAGCUUCUCCCAGGCCCCGACCUUGAAAAAUAAAUAUUUGUUCUUUUUGAAAGUUGCUGAUAACUAUGAGCUUGAUGGGUACACGCUGGAAGACUUUUAUGACUGGAUUGUCGUGCCGCUUCUGCCUGAAUUCAGACAAGUUCCAGAGAUCACGACACCCUUGACAUUGCAACACUUCCUCUUCCCUGAAACACACAGAUAUGAUAUCCGAGGAAAUGGAGAUAAGCUUGUCGCUGUUCCGUCCAACGAUAGCAGCGAGGUGACCCCCAUAUUCGGUAUUCAACUGCCAGAAGAGACUUGCGCGCCUUGGGCUUGGUAUGAUCCGAAGGACAUUCAAUUGCCCAUGAAGAGAAAUACCCACGGGCCGCCAUCAUGCAGGCCUUCUAAAGUUCUUUUGAAAGGUGGGAAGAGCGCUUUUUUCAAGCCUAUGAGGCACGGAGACGAGAAGUCAUUCAUCAAUGAGCUUGACAGAUACAAGAGCAUACACAACGCCCAGCUGGACGAGUCGCUUCGAGUCUCGCGUCUCAUUGGCCUAGCGCGAGAUGACACCGGGCGAGCCUUCGGCUUGCUCUUGACCUAUAUCGACUGCGGCCACAGAACCUUGCGCUGUGCAGCAAAUCCGGACAUAUCGAGGGAGACGAGGCAAACAUGGGCUCAGCAGGUCAAUGAUACGCUCCAGCAACUUCAUGCUGCUGGUAUUAUCUGGGGUGAUGCAAAGCCCGAUAAUGUACUUGUUGACCAAAAGAAUGACGCGUGGCUGAUUGACUUUGGUGGAGGGUUUACAAAUGGUUGGGUGUCUAAGGAGCUGUCGGGAACUGUGGAGGGGGACUUACAGGGUUUGAAGAAGAUAAAUGACUUCUUACUUGGCCGAAGUCUGUAA